GGUCUCCCAAAGUCCUUUGCCCUGGCAUGGGAGCGAGAUGCCACAAAGCACCUCACCUCAGCAAGGAACUGCGUUCUCCAGGGGCACCUCACCUCAACGAGGGGCAGAGCUCGGCCAAAGCACCUCACCCCAAAGAGUAGUAGAAUUAAAAACUGGAAAAUGUAUGGUUCAGCCAGGAAAGCUAUCAGUAACAGCUAGCCAUUUACUGGUAGCUGUGCAGCAGGGGCUUAAUGCACAGAGGGUAGUGCCACACCAGACACCUAGCCCUCUGCCAGAAACUAAACUGAACCAAGGAACCCACACCCAAUAUGGCACGUACACUCAUAGAGCUUCUGUCCAGCAAAACAGUAAAUCUUUGCAGACAGAAUUAACCCCUUGCUCACCAAUGCUAGGGACCAAAUCAGUCCACAAGGGUCCCCCUCAGCCUGAUGCUAAUUUGGCUACCGAUGACUCACUUCAGCCAAAGAUCAAACGAGCUCGCAGAACCAUACUCCACCCAAAGGAUGAAUCUACCCAAACUGAACCCAUCUACCCAGUCUCCUUUCCCAUCAGGACUGAAACAACCCGCAGAGCCUCCAUCCCCACGCAGGCUGAAUUGAUGUCCAGAGCCCUACUACUUCCCAAACAGAUUGAAUUGACCCAGAGGGGAUUGCUUAAGCCAGAGGCUGAAACAAUCCACAGGGGCUCCUUCUCCAAACUAACUGAGUCAAUCCACACUGGUUCACUACCUCUAGAGAGAGCACCAACCUGCAGGCCUUCCCACCACCCAGGAAGCGAGUCAAGCCACAGGUAUGCAGUCCACCAAGCCACAGGCUUGACACAAAGGAGAUCACCUCCUCUAGAAAGUGAAUCAAUCUACAGGGUUUCUUUGCCCACGCAGACUGAAUCAACCCACGGGGGCUCCCUCUAUCCAGAGUCCAGGUCAAAUUAUACAACCUCACAACAGCCAGAGAUCAAAUUAGUUCACAGGGCCUUAAACCAUCCAGAAAGUGAAUCAUACUACAGGUGUGCACUACACCAAGCAACAGAACUAGCUGACAGGGGUUCCCUCCCUUCAGAGAUUAAUUCAACCCACUGGGUCUCCACCCCAGCACAGACCGAAUCAACCCAGAGGGCCCCCAGCCCUACACAGACUGAAGCAACCCACAGAGGUUCACUCUCCCCAGAGCAUGCAUCAAAAUAUUGGGGAUCACUCCCUCAGGAAAUCAGAUCAGCUCACAGGCCCUCAUACCAUCCAGAGAGAGAAUCCAGCUACAGGUGCAUACUCCACAAAGCAACAGAGCCAACCCACAGGAGCUCCCUCUCCGCAGAGACAGAAUCAAGCAUGAGGAGCUCCCUUUGUCCGGAGACUGCAUACGCUGGUAGUACUCUACCUGCCUCCAAGGAUGAGUCAUCCCAAACUGAACCCUCCUCUGGGCCCUUACUCCACUCAGGGACAGGCUUCAUCCAGAGAGUCUUGCUCCAGCCUAAAAGUGAAUCCACCUGCAGAUGCUCAGUUCUGUCACAGACUGAAUUUGUGCCCAAGGACUUAUCUCCUAGGGCCUUACCCAAGUUUGGACCUGAUUCAGCCUGGUGGUCCUUACUACAGCCAGACACCAGAGGGCCUAAGAGCCAGGUUCCUCCAUGUCAGGUGUUUUCAGAUGCAGGCGGCCAGUCAUCUGCAACUGGAGCUUUGCGCAUGGAGAGAGAUGUGGUUGCAGAUUCUGUGUGUAGUGACACAGGUAGUUCAAGCAAAGACUUGGCUUUGCCAGUAUUGGAUGACAAACUACCCGUUGCUGCCCCACUACAUAAGGAUAAGCCAGAGUGUGCUGGACCCAGUUAUGAAGCAGCUGACAUGAUCAAGCUAGCCAGGGAGAGAACAGUUACUGGACAUAGCAGUUUUUUUGUGGGUAUGUUUAAACCACCUUGGCUAGAUGAAUUUACUGGGGACUUUUUACAUGCACAUGAUAGGCGACUGAAGGCGGACACCAAGAUCCGGCGGCUGCUCAAGAAGUGGCUGCACCUGCUGCUGCGGGCCAGCAACGAGGUCCUGCACAUCUGCUACCGGCAGGGAGGCACCAACGUGCCCCGCAUGGGAGACCUCUGCGACAUCGCAGUGGUCACCCACGCCUUCCGCCUCCUCACCUGCCCGGACGCCACGGUAAGUAUCAUCGCCGCCAGCGCCCUGGAGGAGACCGCCCGCAAGAGGAUCGGGCGACAGCCCACCGGACAAGACUUGGCCACCUUCCUGAGCGGCUCGCUGGAGGGCGAGUUCAGCCGAGACGGCGGGGACUUUGCCUCGCUGUGGAGCCGAGCCCGCAACGCCACGCGCCGCCUGGGGAACCGCAUCGGCUGCGCCUGGACCUGGUCCGAGGAGCGCCGGGAGCUGGGAGUCACCCUGCGCCCGGCCCCGCACGCCGACCUCAUCGCCGUGACGCCCCGCACGAGGACCUUCCUGGAGAGGUUCCUGAAGGACGCCGUCCGCAACAAGUACGCCGGCGACCUGAGGGCCAAACCCGACCAGGGCAAGGUCUUCGACGUCACCUCCAAGUGGGACGCUAGCAACCACUUCAUGCCCGGCGGGAGCUUCACGCGCUUCGCGGACUGGCGCUUCCUCCACCGCGCCCGCCUCAACUGCCUGCCUCUGAACGGGGCUGUGCACUUCGGCCACCGGGACAAGAGGUGCCGACGGUGCGGCUACGUGACAGAGACCCUCCCCCACGUGCUGUGCAGCUGCAAGCCGCAUGCCAGGGCCUAG